AUGGCCUCCUUGGCCAUCGUCCCUGUAGAGAUCCUCGUCCUCAUCUUCACCUAUCUGCGGUGCUUCGCCGAGCUCACGAGCAUUGCGGGCGUCUGCAAAGACUGGCACAACGCCGUGCACGUGCCAACAAGCUGGCGGACUAUGCUAGUGAUUCCAGAACUUGAACAAGAGGUGAAGCUUCUCUCGGAAUCAAAGUCUACUCGGAAGGAGCUUAGACAUCUUAGAAUGGAGCGUGAUUCAAUUGAAGACAGAAUCCAUCAUCUUGAAUGGUCUCUUAAACUUGAUGAUGUCACAGAAAAUCAGAAGGAGAAGUUGUUCUCUGAACAUGACAAUCUGCUGGAACAGAGAGAGCAUGUUCGCCUCCUUCAUCAGGAGGCUCAGAGGCAACAUCAUCAGAAGUUUCAUAAGGUGUGGGGACAGCUCAUGAAGACUGGGUACCAAAAUUCCAGAUUUGCUCAUCAGGUGGCAGAACGUUCAACCACACUUGACAGUUGA